AUGGUUGGGAACAUCCAUAAACUUCCUAGAAACCCUUCGACUCCGCGCACAGCGGGUGACAUUAUGACGCUGGCAUCGCCAGAGGUAGCUCCAGAGCUUCAGGCCGGUAAAAUCAACCAAGAGCCCCAGAAAGUUGGAGAUUUGCGGGUUUCAGACAAAGACGGAGACUGGAAGGAAAAGGAUGACUUGGACAGGCCGCAGGAUCUAGAAGAGCAGUCAGACGUAACUGCAGAGGCAUGGAUAAUCUUCGAUAUAACGUUCGAUGGUCCAGAUGAUCCUCUCAACCCACUGAAUUGGCCCAAUCGCGAGAAAUGGGCAGUCACGUUAUUGUGCUCCAUGAGCGGACUCGUAACUCUCAUGUCAGGGACGAUGAUGGCCCCAGCACUCUCUACCAUCGGCAAUGAUCUUAGGCUAGACAUGGCGGCAGCAAACCUAGCUCUCUCCAUUUACGUACUCGCAUAUGCAUUCGGUCCCCUCUUGCUUGCCCCAUCCACAGAGAUCUACGGCCGACGGCCUGUCUGGUUGUUGUCUGGCACGUUCUAUAUCAUCUUCAACACGGUCUGUGGCUUCGCUCAGAACAACGCUACAAUGAUUGCUGCUCGCUUCUUGGCGGGUAUAGGAGCAAGUGCGGAGUUUGCGGUCACAAAUCCUGUUCUCGCAGACUGCUGGAGACCCGAGCAGAGAGGGCACUCCCUAGCAAUAUCAACAUUCAUACCACUACUCGGCACUGCGAUAGGUCCCAUCAUUGGAGGGGUGAUAACAGAGAAGAUUGGUUGGCGAUGGUUAUUCUGGAUUGUUUCCAUUUUCAGUGGUCUAAUCACCAUCACUGGAUUCUUUCUGUUCAAGGAACCGUAUGCGGCCAUCAUCCUUGCCCGCAAAGCGAAGGCAGUACGCAAGUCCGGUGAACAUGAUCAAUAUGCGCAACACGAGCGCUCAACCCAGACUCUUUGGCAAAAACUCAGAAUUACCCUGACGCGGCCGAUGCGACUCCUGCUCACUCAGCCUACGCUUCAAGUCAUGUCCGUCUUCAUGGCUUACAACUUCGGCAUCAACUACAUCAUGUUCUCCACCUUCGCCGAGCUGUGGACCCAACGCUACGGCCAGACGGUCUCGCAGUCCGGCCUCAACUACAUCGCCCUCGCCAUUGGCAACACAAUAGCCGCACAGAUUGGAGCACGGGUCACUGACCGUAUCUGGGCGCACCUGAAAAACAGGGCCAGCGGCGUCACCGCUCCGGAAUACCGCGUGCCCAUGAUGAUCCCCGGCAGCCUGCUCAUCCCCAUUGGACUGUUUUGGUAUGGAUGGGCCGGUGAGCUGAAGGCGUAUUGGGUACUCACAGACAUUGGGGUCGCCAUCUUUGCCGCCGGUAUCAUCCUGGGCACGCAGGCCAUGCAGGCCUACGUCCUCGAUUCGUUCCCCAAGUACACAUCCUCCGCCACGGCCGCGAGCCAGUUCUUGCGUAGUAUCACCGCUUUUGCCUUCCCAAUCUUUGCGCCGGGCAUGUAUCAAGCUCUCGGGUAUGGAUGGGGCAACAGCUUGCUGGGCUUCCUGUCGUUGAUGAUUGGCGUACCGGCACCUCUACUGCUCUGGAAAUUCGGCUCCAAGUUGAGGGCUAAAGGGAAGGCGCAGUGGUAG